GUUUUAGUUUUGAUUGCUGUUACUCUUACUGAUAACUGAGCCAAAGUGGUGAUGCUACUUGAGGGGAAUUUCUGCAACCCAUCGUCAACGAUUAUAUGAUUGUGAGCCAUGCCUUUGGUGAAGAGGAACAUUGAGCCCCGGCACUUGUGCCGGGGAGCUCUGCCUGAAGGAAUUACCAGCGAACUUGAAUGUGUGACCAAUAGUACUCUUGCCGCUAUCAUACGCCAGCUGAGCAGUCUGAGCAAACAUGCUGAAGACAUAUUUGGUGAGUUGUUUAAUGAGGCUAACAACUUCUACAUCAGAGCAAAUUCUCUUCAAGACAGAAUUGAUCGCCUCGCUGUCAAAGUCACCCAGCUGGAUUCAACAGUGGAAGAGGUCUCACUACAGGAUAUCAACAUGAAAAAAGCUUUCAAAAGUUCCACAGUCCAAGACCAGCAGGUGGUUUCAAAGAACAGCAUUCCUAAUCCUGUUGCUGAUAUUUACAACCAGAGUGAUAAGCCACCGCCUCUGAACAUCCUGACACCAUACAGAGAUGACAAGAAGGAUGGGCUGAAGUUCUAUACUGAUCCUUCCUAUUUCUUUGACCUCUGGAAAGAAAAAAUGCUACAGGACACAGAAGACAAAAGGAAAGAGAAAAGGCGUCAAAAGGAGCAAAAGCGUAUAGAUGGCACCACCCGUGAGGUGAAAAAGGUUAGAAAAGCCAGAAACAGGCGCCAAGAGUGGAAUAUGAUGGCAUAUGACAAAGAGCUUAGACCCGACAACAGGUUGUCUCAGAGUGUGUACCACGGAGCGUCUUCCGAGGGAUCCCUGUCCCCAGAUACUAGGUCACAUGCGUCGGACGUUACGGAUUACUCUUACCCGGCUACUCCCAACCAUUCUCUGCACCCCCAGCCGGUGACCCCUUCCUACGCAGCUGGUGACGUGCCACCACAUGGGCCUGCAAGCCAGGCUGCGGAGCAUGAAUACCGGCCCCCGUCUGCCUCGGCGAGGCACAUGGCCCUCAACAGACCUCAGCAGCCGCCGCCCCCGCCUCCGCCUCAGGCGCCAGAGGGGUCCCAGGCCUCUGCACCGAUGGCUCCAGCAGACUACGGGAUGCUCCCAGCGCAGAUAAUUGAGUAUUACAACCCAUCAGGACCACCUCCUCCGCCACCUCCUCCUGUGAUUCCCUCGGCACAAACUGCCUUCGUCAGCCCUCUCCAGAUGCCCAUGCAGCCCCCGUUCCCCGCAUCAGCCGGCUCCACGCACGCGACUCCUCCUCACCCACCCUCCACUGGGCUCCUGGUCACAGCCCCGCCACCCCCGGGCCCGCCACCUCCCCCGCCAGGCCCUCCUGGCCCUGGGUCUUCUCUUUCGUCCUCCCCAAUGCAUGGCCCCCCAGUCGCUGAGGCAAAGCGGCAAGAGCCAGCACAGCCACCCAUCAGUGAUGCUCGAAGCGACCUGCUCGCUGCUAUUCGAAUGGGAAUUCAGCUGAAAAAGGUGCAGGAGCAGCGGGAGCAGGAGGCCAAGCGGGAGCCUGUGGGGAACGACGUGGCCACCAUCCUGUCCCGGCGCAUUGCCGUGGAGUACAGCGACUCUGACGACGACUCAGAGUUCGACGAGAACGACUGGUCCGACUGAGCGGAGGCCGGCGCCGAGGCCACGUGUGGGAGCGUGUUGAAGAGUUCAAGUGGUCUCUACACCCAAAUAGUGGUAUUCUAAUCCCGUAGCAUAGCACCUUUUGUAUAAAUAAUGUGAUAUUGCUUCUGCACAUCCAAAAAUUCUGGGUCUUUUCAGUAUUUACUGUGUAAUACUUAAGUGCCACUGAACAUAGCAAAUUGUGCUACACAUGGGGAAAUAGGCUGUCACUAUCGCAUUGUCCUGAAAACAGCAUCUGCUUUCCUCUUGACCAUGAGAGUAUUUCGUGCAGUUUGGGUUUACUCUUACUGAUCAGUAUAACUCUGCAGACUUGCUGUGUGUUUGUGAAGCUGCCUGGUGUUAGGUCUCUGCAAGACUAAUGACUAUGUCAGAGUGAUGUCUUCCAACCAGUAAGUGAUAUUGUUUCACCGCUUUGGGUUUUCCUUUUCUUUUUUUAAAGGAUGUGUUUCUGAAGAAGUUGGUUUUAGAGGGAAAGGUUCAACAAAUAGGGAGAAUCCAAGGUUUCUGCUUUCAGUUUCUUGGCUUGGUAGCCUCUAAGUGAAUCUGAAUGCUCUGCUGAAUAAUUUCAUUGCCUCUGCUCACGCCUGUCGAAUAUGAAAUUGGAAGGGCCCUUUUCAGGCUGGGUUCCCUGUGGGCCUUUGCUUAGUAAAUGCCUGUUGAUGGUUUUGCAAGAGAGUUCAGCAGCUCAACAGUAAUGAAAGUGAAGAACAGAGUCCUUUUUCCUUCCUGGGGCCAUUGGGGAUGACAUUCAAGAUACUUGCCAGCCUCUCCAGUGUGGGCACCAGCUGGCCAGAACAGAUGCGAGCAGUCCAUGACUCUGGGAGCUACACUGCUGAGCUGGGCAGAGCUGUGGCACAGGGUCUGGGCUGCAAAGGAGCCCUGCUCCUUUAAUUUCCUGACAGCUGUGUCCUGAGUGAGCCGCAGGAGUUCUGAGCUCCUCAGCGAGCAACAGACAGCGCUUUGGAUGGCACCUUUCGCCACUUGGUCGGAAUUUUAAAAGCUUAGGUUUAGGUGAAAGUAGAUGUUGACAGCUAUUCACCUUUCACGGUGCUGGAGCCAGAUUAGGGAUCACUCCCGUGAGGAGGGCCUUCUCCCUGUCCUAGAAGCACACGGUUCUCCUCUCUCCUGUUGUUGGCACAUUACAUGAUAAAAAGCACCUCCUGAGAUUCCCUUGAUCAGCCCUGCUGCUGUAGCACAGCGCCGCGCCCUCGCCUCCGCCCUUCCUGCUGUUCCCACGUGGCAAUACCAGGGACCCACGGGGAAACUCAAGAAUGAGAGCUUCUGUAUUUUGUAAUUCUGGAUGAAAGAUAACUGUGUUGAAUAAACAGGUGCUCCAGGCUUUGAUUAUAGAUGUGACUUCAAAAAUAUGCUAAGACCCUUGACUUACUAAGGACUUUAACCUACUUAACAGUAUUUCAUAUGCAUUGUGGUUAGUUACUUGGUUAUGAUGGGAAGGGAAGAAUCUGGAGCUAAAAGCAGAGCUGUUUGAGGUGACGGUAGGAAUGUCAGCAGGAUGGUGACGGGGGUUUUAGUUAAUGCAUCUGAGCAAGUCAGCCAGCCCCGAAAUCCCCUCGGUGUGUGUGUCUCGAGUGGACACCUGUUGAGCUUGCGGGCAGUGACUGCACAGAGCCUGUCCGUUGGGUUCAGUCAUGUAGAUCUGAAGCCCUGAAAAGCCUCAUGUCUGCAUCCCCUUUCCAAGGCUGCUUCCCUGGCGUGUCUGUUCUCUCCUCUGUCCCAGGCGCUGGGAGCGGCCUCUUCAGCGUCUUUUCCUAGAGCUGGUCACCACUAGGC